UGGACACGCGAUACUGAGUUACUCGUAGUGUUCGGUGUGUGACCUCGAAGUGAGUGGAGCGAGCGGUGGGAACAGAAGAUAAUUGAAUUGGCUGCUGCUGGCUGUACCGUCCAUAGCUGAGAGAGACAGAGACGCGCACAGGCCUGACUGACAAAUGCCGACUAUUAAACUGCAGAGUUCCGAUGGGGAGAUAUUUGAGGUGGACGUGGAAAUCGCGAAACAAUCUGUAACGAUCAAGACCAUGUUGGAAGAUUUGGGAAUGGAUGAUGAAGGUGACGAUGACCCCGUUCCUCUUCCCAACGUUAAUGCAGCCAUUCUGAAAAAGGUGAUCCAGUGGUGCACCCACCACAAAGAUGACCCACCACCCCCAGAGGAUGAUGAGAACAAGGAGAAGAGAACAGAUGACAUCCCUGUGUGGGAUCAAGAAUUUCUCAAAGUGGACCAGGGAACACUCUUUGAACUCAUUCUGGCUGCCAACUACUUGGAUAUCAAGGGAUUGCUAGAUGUUACAUGCAAGACUGUUGCCAAUAUGAUCAAAGGAAAAACUCCAGAAGAAAUCAGGAAGACCUUUAAUAUCAAGAAUGAUUUCACAGAGGAGGAGGAAGCCCAGGUACGCAAGGAGAACCAGUGGUGUGAAGAAAAAUAAGCAAGAUUCUGCCAACACUAACGCACUGUAAGGAUUGUUCCAUAAUCUGGUUGCACUGCGCUGUUCAUACUUGUUAAUAUUAAAAUAGACAACUAGGAUGGCAGAUCCUUGUACUUGGCAUGAUCUUUUUUUUUUCCCCUUCCAUUUUUACAAGUACAUAUGAAGUUUUAAUUUCCUUUUUAGCAUAUUUUUGCUUCCAUGUCUGAAUUGCUUUAGGUUCAUUUUUUUUACUGGAAUUAUUGUAUUGAUUCAGAAUGAAUAGUUGUCGUUUAUUAAUUUACAGCUACACAUGCAGUUUCAUAAGUGCUGUGCUCCUUCAGAAAACUUUGAACAUGAGAAGCUUUAAGUUGCAUUGGUUUUGUGUAAAGGCUUUAGGUAGACUUUAGUGUGGGCAAAGAAGUAUUUGUAAACAAAGUUGUCACACAAUUAGUUUGCUUUGCAUUUCCUCAGUAUACAGGGAGUAGACAGCAUCUUCUGUUGUGCAGAACUCUCAGUAUGACAUUAGAAAUGCCAGCCGUGAUAUUCCAUAAAUAAAUAAAUGUAAAAAAAAAAAAAAA